AUGCGGCCACCAUUGGAACCAACCGGCCAACUGCCCUUUGUCAUAACCCACGCCACCAGCAGGACCAUUGAGAGUAGCCAGCGCAAGCUGAUCCGAAGCCAUGUGAUGCGCGGAAAGAAUCGCAAAAAGUCACGACCAUCCCAGCCGGCGUCGUCGUCGUCGUCGUGGACUGACCAGAAUGGCGAGCCCGGCAGGUAUCACGGCUCAGGCUAUCUGCCCAUGAAAGUCGGCGGCGAGUUUUCCCUUAUGCGGUUCGCAGCCGAAAUGACGCCCCAGACGCUGGAUACGAUCCGAAAGCUAAGAUAUGAAAUGUUCCCAAUCGAAUUCACGCAGGCCUCAGAAGGCAACGAAGCAUCCUGGUUCGAGCCCGUGUGGAAAGACGAGGCCUGUCUACACCUGACUCUAUUCACCACCAACACGCUCCUAGCCGGACUCGCCGACAGCGCCGAGCCCGGGCACCACGAGCAUCACUACUACUACCACCGGACCGCAAUGAUGCAUUUCGACGCGGCACUGGGUAUUUUGCGGCAACGUCUCGGCUCGGCGGACCGGGACAUGGACGACGCCACGUCGGACUCGACCAUUCUCCUCGUCGUCGGCCUCGCCAUGGCGUCUACGGCCGUGGGCGAUGCCCAGACGGCCGCGCAGCACGUUGCUGGGCUGAAAAGGCUGGUAGACCUUCGCGGCGGCUGCGGAGCCUUUAGAGGGAAGCGAUUGUUGCAGUCGAAAAUGUACCGUGUCGAUAUUGAGGUGGCUCUCAGCACGGGACGGGAUCCACUGCUAAAGUCUUAUACAUCCUGGGAUCCCUACAUAUUUCCUUCUCAAGAGUCUGCCAGUCUUGUAGACCAUCUCAACUCAAAUAUCAAGUCGUAUAUUGAUACACUCGAUCCGCGUCUCCGCAAUAUUUGGAAUGACCUGUUCCAGUUUGUACGCGCAGCAAACAUUGCAGAGCAGUGCAAUCGCAGCAUUGACACGGAUCUGUAUCUAGAUUCCAUGAUAUCCAUACACUAUCGCCUCAUCAAUCUUGGAUACGAAAACUCUGCGCAUGAGGCUUUUCGUCUUGGACUAUUGGUCUUUGCUAGCACACUGUUCCUUCAAUGGCGGAAUAUGAAGACGCGAUAUGAGCAUCUGGCUCAGAGGUUCAAAAGAGCUUUAAUGUUCCAAGAAGACGUUCCAAUCGGCAUCAAGCUAUGGCUUCACAUCAUUGGUCAGGUAUUUAUCUUCAAUGACCACGAGGCGCAAGACUCGAGGUCAGCCCUGACCGAUUUAUUGGCUCAGUGCCAAGUCAACUCCUGGGCCAAAGCAAGAAAUCUUAUGAAAGAUAUGUUGUGGGUAAAUUUCCUUCACGAUGGUGCUGCAGAACAGGUAUUGCGAGACGCUUUGCCCGCACAAAUUCAUACAGGUUAG